UGCUGCAGUGCGACAGCAGUGACGAGUCAGCAGACACCGACAGAAUCAACCAAAACUGCUUUUAUUUAUCCAAGUUACUUUGGGACUUGACCGCUGAGUUUGCAUUUUGAGAGCGCAGCCUGUCGACAACAUUUUUUUUACCGUGCUACUGGGCUUAAACAUUUACAGCUGGGUUAGCUCAUAUGCUAGCUGAUUGAAGCUAAUGCUGCUUUCAAGGACUAUCGGACAUGCUUCGCUGUUAGGACGCUUAAAGGAAAUAGUACUUUGACAUAAGAUGCAAUACACGUGGUCCACUUCCUCUAUCUUGUACAGAAUUGACCGUAUAGCUACUUAACUCAACAAACUUGACAAAACUUGCCCAUGUCGAAGAAACUGAGAAAAUUGUUUCUGUGGGUGCAUAACUGCAAUUUAUCCUGACAAUGCAACAUGGUGUAACUCGACUUAUUUAAAGCAAACGACAAUAGCCACCACUAACUGAGCAAUACUAUGCAGCUGACUGGUGGUCUUGACCCUGUGUAGUCUGUGGUCGUGACGCUGCAUGUGUGGCUUGUGAUUAGGAGUUUAAGGAGGAGUACCUGAAGGCAGCAGAUCCAUCCCACAAAGUUAGCUAGCAUUAGCAAUAGCUGCAGUUAGCCGGUAGGAGAGGACCGCAGCAUCAGCAUCACCCAUACAUAAUGACAUAAAACAGGUACCAGCUUUGUUCACUGUACGAGACGACGGGGAGGAAUAUCUCUGACACCAGAUAAAAAUGAGCCGGUUCUGCUCGGACAACAACAAUUUUCCCUAUGACAACAACGUCCUGGUUUUGGACAUGGUGCUGGGCUCUCUGUGGGGGGUGCCCCAGCCCAUAAACUGGGACAAUGUAGCCAAGCUAGUUCCAGGAUUCACUCCCAAGGAGUGUGCCCGUCGAUUUGAGGAGCUGAAGAGCACUGGGGGUUUUCCCCAUGUGGACAACCAAUGUAAUGCCCUGACAGAAGGAAGCACCUCCCCUUCAGACGGCCUGACCGCGCUGCUGGACACUGGGGAGGUGGUGGAGACAGGAAGCAGCCAGAGCAGCAGCAAAGUUACAUGCUCCAAAUCGACGCCCUCAGGAAGAGUCGGUGUUGUGGAGAAGAAAGAGAGAAGAGUCUCAGCCGAGGAGGAUGACAAACCUCAGAAGCCAAGAGAUCCCAACAUGGUGAUCCAUGUGUGUGAUGAGACCAAGAACUUGAAGCAGGACUUCACGUGUCCCAGAGAUCUUCUAGUCAAAGAGAUGCGUUACUUUGCUGAGUACCUGUCUGUGGACCCCCAGAGGUGGGAGGAGGUGGACAUCUCCGUUCACUGUGACGUGCAGAUCUUCGAUUGGCUCAUGAACUACGUCAGAAGGAAUUCUGCAGGAGAGGGAAACAAGGACAAACCCCGUCUUGAGCCCAGCAAUGUGAUCUCAAUCCUGAUCUCCUCCGAGUUCUUGAAGAUGGAUACGUUAGUGGAGGAGUGCAUCCAAUACUGCCACAAACACAUGAGUGCCAUCGUGGCGACACCCUGCAACAUGAACUGCAUCAACAGCAACUUGGCAACACGCAUUGCUGAACUCUUCAACCACAAUGAGGCUGACGACAUCAGGGACAAAAAAGACAAGUUCAAAAGCAAAUUGUUUCAGAAGAAAAUAGAGCGUCUCUUUGAUGCCAACUACCAGAACAGAGAUUCACCUGGAAACGCCUCGACUCUCUACAGGUGUGGUCUGUGCCUUAAGCUGCUGACCAAAGACACGGAGAGGAAAAUUUCUUGUGUUCCUGGGAAAAUCAACAUUGAUGGUCAUGGAGAGAUCAUCUAUACACACACUAAACAAAAGAGCUGGGAUGUACAUGAAUACAUCACCAGUCUGUAUGAGGAGCUCAAGUCCUGGGUCCUGGUCUACUGGAGAAUCUGGGGUACAAUCAACUACCUCACUUGCUCCCGGUGCCAACAGGUGUUUGUGUGUGCAGAGCUGACCCAUUGCAAGUACCACCCAGACAGUGUGCUGUACCCUGGCAUGGGUACUGAGAAAGGCUGGCAUGGUGCAGGAAUCUACCCCUGCUGCAACCAGAGGGUUCUCCGCUUUGACCCCACUGGUAUGCCCAAGGGCUGUAAGAUGCGAGACCACAUAGUGAACGUACCUGAUGAAGAGAACUGCGACGAGGCGACUGCAGCCCAGACCAGAGUCCUUAAUGACCUGCUGCUGCACAGAGACGCAGUGUGUUUGUUUCACACGCCGCCUGCAGAGGGUACUGAGGAGAGUCCGUCCAGUGCAGAGAAGGUUCAGCAGGACUGUGACGUUCUCCUGGAGCCGACACUGCUCGGACCUCUGAGAGCAGACGGCAGCACUUUUUCCCUCUUGAAAAACUGGAGUCUGCAACUGAGGCAGCAGUCGCUCCUGUCAGAGGAUGAGGAGUACACCACAGGGUCAGAGGUCACCGAAGAUGAGGUGGGGGAUGAAGAGGAGCUGUCUAAGAAGCAAGCUGCUAAGAAGGCCAAGAAGGCCCACAGACCCCUGAAAAAACAAAUGUCUUCUCCAAACUUCCAGCGCAAAGACAAAGCAGAGAAAUCACAGUCCAGGGACAACACACCUUUCAUAGUGAGUGUCCAGAAAAGUAAGUGGGACAGUUCUCGCUCCAUGCGAUACAACCAGGAUGCUCAGAGGGAAGAAGACCAGCGUCGCAUGGUGGAAAUCAUCGGCUACCUGACUAAGAUGAGGUUUGGAGACCAGGAACAGAGCAAAUAUAAGGACACUAAGGAGCCUACAGGAGGAAUCUACGCCAGGCUGGAAGCGCAGUUUAAGAGUGCAUCUCAAACCAGACAGAGUUCGGAAAAGACACCCAGUAGAUCUAAAAUACGCUACGCUCAAAUCCGGACAACAUAAAGGAGCUGAUGGGGAAAAGGCCGCUGAGCUAUCAAAGAGACGAGUAUGAAAACUGAUGAAGAGUCAUAAGAACAAAGAGGAAGAGGAGAGGUCCUUCUGCGAAAGCUCAGUACAACAAAAAAAGUUUCUACUGGCAGCUCCUCAAGCACGGCCUACACCUAUAACCCAGCUGUGGACUCUCUCCUCACCCUCACCCCUUGUCAGUCCUGUUCCCUCCCUCUGUGCUUAACUCAGGUGACUACGUAUGCAUCACCAUCAACUGCACCCUCUGUCACUCAGCUAGCUACUUAUUUGUGCAGCUGCAGCCGGUCCUUGAAAAACACGUUCUCCGGAUCCAGCUCAGCGUAGGAAAUUCACUUGAACUGAUCUCAGUGUGUCUUUAGGGUUUAUCUUUGGAGGUAGACAAGUUGGGGAUGAAAUGCUAGUUUAUUCUUUAUUAACGGUCAUCCGCACUGAGGAUCUGAAUUAUUUAGAUCCAGUAAACUCCACAUGUAUGGGACUGAAGAGUUUCAGAGAGAGGUAAAUGAAGCCAAAGGCAAGACGGUACUGCUUCAAAACAGCUCAUCUUGUUUCGGUUAAACUGCUGAUCACAGUACAUCAGUACAUGAAAUAAAUUCUGUAUUAGCAUUCAUUGUCUUCUGUGGUGAAGCCCAGCCAUCUGGCUGAGACUGACACUACAGUUACUUUCAAGUGUCUCCCUCCCCAGUCCUGGUAGAGAUAUAUAGGUCUAUUCAUUCAUAUCUGUAUUGGAAUGUGACUAAACUGUACAACACUGGGACCAAUAAAACAUAAAUGAGACUGAA